UCCUCUCCAUCAUUUAAACAAAAGAAGAUUCAGGAUGAAGAGUCUUCACCUGUUGGCAGGGACUCACUGGGACAGCCAAAAUGCAAGAGAGCGCUGUUCACAUCAAGUGGAAGUACCAGACAUGUUGCAAUUUCAGAGUCCAGUGCUAAAGCAGAAGAAGACAACACAGGGCCAGUGCAUCCAUUUGUGUUUCAAACUCUUACUUUACCGGUCAGCUGUGGUUCUGUCAAUGGGGUUUUAUAUAAAUGCAGAUUUGCCUCAGGGUCACGCAGUAAAAGCAUCCGCACAGAGGAGCGCUGGUUCACUCCGGAGGAGUUUGUAAAGCAGGAGUUAACUCUGAUAGACGGGCACUGGAAGAAAGAUAUUCAGUGUCAUGGCAAAACAUUAAACUACCUGCUGGAGAAGCAGAUCCUGGUGGAACAUUGCCAGUGGUGUAGUUGUAGUCAUUGCAGUACUAUGGAGCAGGAUCUGCUUCAUGAGACAAAUGAUGAUGAGUGCUUCAUCUGUAACAUGGGAGGUUACCUGCUGUGCUGUGAUGAAUGUCCAAGAGCUUUCCAUCAUCAGUGCCAUGUACCGGCUGUGCAGGACGAUUCACUGGGAGAAAAGUGGAUGUGCACUUUCUGUGUGUUGAAGACCAAACAGAGAUGCCGGCAGCCCAGACAGAUGACCGAAAAAGAAGCUCUGGACAGUUCCAUUUCUCAGUAUAUACUGCAUUGCGAGUAUUUGCUGCUGUAUAUGUAUAAAGAGGAUAUAGACUGGGUGUUCAUUGAAGACCCCACUAAAACAGUCUCAGGCUACAGCAGAGUGAUCACUGACCCCAUGUGGGUGGACAGAGUGAAGACAAAGCUGCAGAACAAACAGUAUAAAACAUUGGGCCAGUUUGUGUCUGACGUCCGGCUUAUCUUUCACAAUUGCCACAUCUUUAAUAAGGGCAACAAGUUUGACAAGUUGGGAUCCAGGCUGAGUGAGGUGUUUGAGAGAGAGUUCAAAACCAUCUUUAACAUCGAGUAGCAUCUCUCCUCACUCAGGAACCUGUUUGUUUUUUUUGUGGAAUGUGGAUACAUUGCAACUCAAAUUUCCCUCCUGUUGUUUGGGAACAGGCCUGGUUGGUUUCAUCACAUGUUAAGAAAUGAGGUUUAUUUGAACAAUAUGUAUCAACUGUCAUGUUAGAUUUUUUUAUUGUCUUUUGACUUAAAAUUUCCUAUUUAGUUAUCACACUGAUAAACUAACCUUUAAAUAUUUUGAUUCACUGUGUUCUCCCCGUGUCUGCGUGGGUUUCCUCCGGGUUCUCCAGUUUCAUC